AUGAUUGCUUUGGUUUCAAUUCUCAUCGUCUCGUUCUUGGCUCCAAAGGUUUCAGCAGUCAUUGGUACUGACUUCAACUGCACCUCUUACAAUGGAACAGCUUUCGUCUACACACCAGCUGCCACUGCCUGCUCCAACGUCAUCUCCGAUUCAUCUUGCGCUGUUCUUUAUCCAGCAGCCAACACCCUCUACCCAAUGCCCGGAAAUGAUGCUCAGAGAGCCUAUGCGUGCUAUACCACUGCAACUGCUACCCCAGCUGCUCUCGUCACUGACAUGAAAGCUGCUGCAGUUGCCAACUGCCCAAAGACAUGUGGAUACUGUUGCCAGACUGAUGCCUACAACUGCGCGAAUGUUCAAUUCCCACGUCUCAACUGCGCUACCAUCACCAAAUCCCAAUGUGACUCUGUCACCUGGAGAACCAUCAUUGCCGCCGAUUGCCCAUCCGCUUGUGGAUUCUGCGGACAAGGAGGAUGCGUCGACGCUGUCACUAACUGCGCCAACGAUAUCUCCAUCUGUAGAACCGUCGGAAUGGAAUCAUUCGUCAACACUUACUGCCAAAAGACUUGCGGAUUGUGCCCAUCAACCACCGCUUCUUCCAGCGUCACUACCACUGCCACAUCCGGCGGAACAUGCACUUCAUACAUCGCUGAUAGCUCUACCAGCUGCUCCGCUUGGGCUUCCAACGGAUUCUGUACCAACACCUUCUACACCUACGCUCAACGCAGAUCCAGAUGUGCUACUACCUGCAGACUCUGCUAG